AACAGCGUUCAGAUAGUGUUAAUUAGAAGUGUAUUGUACUGCGAUUUCAGUCACUAUAAGGUACAAACCUGCUGCGUAUUUUUCGUAAUCGCGUUAAUUUUUUUGUUAAUCUGAUCACUAUUCAACCCGCAAGAAAUGGCAUCUAAAUCCAACGCUUCAACGAAUAUAACGUAUAACAGGCGGGACGUGCUAGGUAAGGGACACUAUAGCGUCGUUUUUCGAGGUUCAUUUGAAAGCCGUGAAGUUGCUGUCAAACGAGUGCUGAAAGAAUAUGCCCCUAUCAUUUCUGAUGAAAACGAAUUUCUUCAGCUGAAGCACCCGAACAUUGAGAAGCUUUUGGCAAUCGACAACAUGGAAGAAUUUCGAUUGUAUGCCUUUGAUUUGGCCGUUGGAAAUCUUGAUGACUUCUGCUGUGGGAAAUAUUCUGGACCAAUGCCAGAGGACAGAGAAGCAAUGUUACAAAUGGCAAAAGGACUAGAAUACAUUCACAGCAAACAAAUGGUUCAUUGCAACCUUAACCCUCAAAAUAUUCGCAUUUCGGGGAAAGUACCUACUCGGCUAAUGAUUGCUGUUUUCGGAUGUUGCAACAAAACAAACGAAGGCGAAUAUGUUUCGCUGUCCCGGAAGAAAGAAACUGACGUAUGGAUUGCCCCUGAAAUUGUUGCACGUCAUCACGCCAUAGCUGAUGAAGAUGUUAGUGAUGAAGAUAACUCGGGCGAAGAACGACAUACCGUUUCUAGCGAUAUAUGGACUCUAGGUUGCGUGUUCUUUUACUUCCUAACAAGGGGCAAACAUCCGUUUGGAAGUAACAGCAGUGAUAUUAACUGGAACAUAUCCGUUACUCGUAAACCGGUCGAGCUUGAGAAAUUGGAUUUAUAUAAUUCCGUUGAAGAUUACGCAAAAAUCAAAUCCAUGAUUACAAUGAUGCCCGCUGAACGAGAGCGAUUGAACCAAGUUAUAUACAAUUUGGAAAACGACUGGAGUUGCGUAGACGAAUUGGCCCAUUCGGAUUACCAAUCGGCCGCGCAUCUUCCAGAAGUUUCAGCACCCCGAACGAGAAUCAUCCAAAGUCCGCCAAGGCUUCAUUUUCAGAUGCGACAGGAUUCAUCUGACCACCAGAUAAUCGGCGUGGCACAGAUGGGGGACGAGUUUGAUUCACCAGUUCGUGGCCGGAUCGUUUCGGAUGGCAUGGGAGAGCUCUUCCAAUCUGCUAGAGGAAAUUCCCCAGAUUAUCGACAUCGAAGACCGGGAGGCCAACGGAGUGGGCACCAUCCUAUGGGAGAAUAUUUGACGGAUCGCACUUCCAAUCAGUUGGACGCGCAACUCCAAUUGAGUGUUAAAAGGCUCUCUGAUCAAGUUGAAGAAUUACAAGACGAAUUAAAACGAACAGCUUACAUGCUCGAGGAAAAAGUCAAACUUUCUCACGAGAAAAUAGGCCAUUUAAAUGAGACAGCUAUACGCAAAAAAGUUACCACUGAUGCGGCAAAAAGGAGUUUGGAAAAUCGUGAAAUAAAAUCCCUUACCCAACUAGUCAAGUGCUACUGUGAAGCAAAAGGAACAAGAUCGUCUGAAGAGGAUAUUGACAAAGUGUGCCGACAUGUUGUCUCGUACCUUAAAAAGAACAAUAGCGAAAAACACUUCUGCCGGUGGUACCACGAAGAAGCAAUUAAGUACGUCCAGCAAAAAGCGAUUAAGGAUGUAAUCUCCGAGCACCAAAUUUGCAAUAAGAAAGGCAACAUCAACUAUGAAGUCACAGACUCAUACAAAACAUCACGUCUCCGCAACUAUAUCAAUGGACCCAUGACUUCAGAUCACUGGAAUAACUUUAGCGGAACUAGGAGCUCGAUAUUCUUGUUGGCCUUAUUUGAAAGUCUCAAAGACAAAAAAGAUUUAAUGUCGUUCCCACCGCCUGGAAUUCUCACCAUGGAUAUUCCGGUGAAGAUAUCUUCUGCCAAAAAAUCAGUCCACAUAGAAAUCGGGGAAAUCAAAUCAUCAGGUUGCGAUGCCGUUAUCAGGAAGGCGAGAACGCAGCUGAAAAGAAGUUUACUUUGCUUCCAAUGGUUGGAUAAAAUUAUUGAGACACAAGUAGAUUAUUAUGGAUUGAUUGGCAUUAUAUACAUUGAUGGAAAUCGUCAUUCGCAUAAAGAGAAUUCUGAAGAUUAUGAAGACGAAUUCACGUUUAAAGUGAAGUAUGAGACUUAUACAUAG